AUGUCGCCCGCAAGAUUCAAGAAGAAGCAACCACCCUCGGGCCCGCGCGUGCUGUACUGGUUCCGGACCGACCUGCGGCUGCACGACUCGCCGGCUCUCACGCACGCGCUGUCCCUCAACCCGUCAACCAUCAUCCCACUGUGGAUGUGGGACCCGCACUACGUGUACCGACAGCGCGGGGCCGCGAACCGGUGGCACUUCCUGGUCGAGUGCAUGCGCGACCUCUCGCACAGCUUGACGCAGCUGAACAGCCGGCAGAAACUGUUCGUCGUCCGUGCCGCGCGCGGUCCUGCCGAGACUAUGGCGUUGAUGCUGCGCCGGUGGAAGGUCGACGUGUUGGUGUUUGAGAAGGAUACCGACGCCUACGCGCGCGUCAGGGACCAAGAGGUCGUGCGGGUCGCGGGGGAUCAGGGUGUCAAGGUCGUGAGCGUGAGUGGACGGACGUUGUUUGAUUCGGACGAGGUGGUGCAGAUGAAUGGUGGGAAGCCAACCAUGUCCAUGGCCCAGCUGGUCAAGGCCGUCGCGAAAAUCAACCACGGUGUGCCCCAAAGGCCGCUGGAGAGGCCGACCAGCUUUCCGGACCCUUUGGGUGAGAGCGAGAUGGACUUGUCGGGUCUGGAGCAGGAAGUUUCCGGGGAUGGAGAGCGGCCAACGACGAAUCAAGCGCACACCAAAUGGCCAGGUGUCGACGGGAUGGAUUACAAUGCUGUCCAAAGAACGCUGGGUGGCAACAAGGACACGCAAUUCGCUGCAGGUCUCAUGGGUCCAGACAGCGACUUCUCGGUCCCGACCCUGGAGGAGAUGGGUAUCGACCCGUCCUGCGUGACGUCUCCACACAGCGGCGGCGAAACCGCCGGCCUGGCGCUUCUGGCGCGCCAUGUGGCGGAUGAGGAAUACAUCUCGACGUUCGAGAAGCCGGCCACGGCGCCGACGGCCUUCGAACCCGCCGCCACGACGUUGCUGAGUCCGCACAUGCAUUUCGGGAGUGUCUCGUGUCGUAAAUUCUGGUGGGACGUCGAGGCCGUGCUGGAGAAGAGGCGCAGACAGAAAAAGCACGUCAGCGAUCAUCCCGUCAACAUCCCCGGCCAACUGCUCUUUCGCGACAUGUAUUUCGCCGCGCACGCGCAGAUUGGCGUGGCAUUUGGACAGACGGUGGGCAACCCCGUCGCGAGAUUCAUCCCCUGGCAUUUGCAGUCGAGAUACUCGACCGAUAAAGAAGGCGGAAAGCCCGUCAGCGACGGCACAUACAUGGUCGAUAACCCGCAAGCUGAAGAAUACUUUCAGCGGUGGAAGCACGGCCGGACGGGAUUCCCCUGGAUCGACGCCCUGAUGCGCCAGCUCAAGCACGAAGGUUGGAUCCACCACCUCGGCCGUCACGCCGUGGCGUGCUUCCUGACCCGGGGCGGGUGUUACGUGUCGUGGGAGAGGGGCGCGGAGGUCUUUGAGGAGUGGCUCGUCGACCACGAAGUCGCGUGCAAUGCCGGGAAUUGGAUGUGGUUGUCCUGCACGGCGUUUUUCAGCCAGUUCUUCCGGUGCUAUUCGCCCGUCAGUUUCCCCAAGAAGUGGGAUCCUGAAGGAGCUUUUGUGAGGAGAUAUGUCCCCGAGCUGGAGAGAUUUGAUAAGAAGUUUAUCUAUGAGCCGCACAAGGCGCCGAUUGCGGAUCAGAAGAGCUGGGGGUGUUUGAUCAAGGGUGAUGGGACUGGAAAGGGAGAGGAGGGAGAGUAUAAGGUAUAUCCGAAGCCGAUGUUUGACUUCAAUGAGAGGAGAAGGUUUUGCCUCGAUCGCAUGAAGGAGGCUUACGACGUGGGUUUGUUUGGUGAUGAUGAGAGGGUGAUCAGUGGCGAGUGGAAGAAGCUGUUUGACUUUGACGAUUCAGGCGCCGUGGCGAGGGAGGAGGCGAAUGGACAAAUCUCGAGCGGUGGAAAGCGGGCGAGAGAAGAGGACGGUGACGACCUCAACCUCGACCUCGACGGCGAUGGUGGCGAUGGUGACGACAGGCGACAGGAGGGCGACAUAAACGAGGACGCUGGGGACGGGGGUCGCGGUGGCCUUCGCGACAGGAGGAAGGCGGUAAAGCGAGGCAAUGAGAAGGAAAGCGGGAAACAAGGUAAGAAGCAGCGUACUCUAGACAGGAUGGUGAGUCGAAAGAAGCUGUAG